GUCCAAGACGACUUUUCACCCGAACAUCCAGCAGCACUUCGAUCAUAAUGUCGUGGUUCACGUCAUGGUUCACGUCGCCAAAGACCUCAGUGCCUCCUGCAGCCAGUCAGCCUCCAGCCACCGAGAAACGCGUCCUCGAGGAGCCCGUGAAACCGGUCGAGCCCACCAUUGAAGCAGUCAAACCCGCUGCACCGCCCCAGCCCGCGCAGGCCGAGCGCUUGAACAGAAACAAACUCAUUUUCGGAGCUGGCGCCGCAUUCUUCGCCUUCUCCCUCCUCGUCACCCGCAGAAGCCUUGCGCGGAAACGACUGGCCUCCAACCCAGCCUUCUACGCCAAUGCGCCGGGACACCAGGCAGAGCAGGCGAAAAAAGUGAAUGGUACCAUGGAGGCUGUCGAAGCAUUGAACAUUGCGACGAUCAAUGUGCUGUCUCUGUCGAUGAUGGUCACGGGUGGAGCGCUAUGGUACCUCGAUAUCAACAGUUUGGCAGAGGCGCGGCGGAAAUUAAGAGGUGGGCUGGGCGUUGACGGGACGGGCAAGUCGGAGAAGGAAGCAGAGGAGGAGUUUGAGGAGUGGAUGGCGACAGUGUUGGCACGGAAGGAAGCGAAAGGACCGCGACCUUCGCAGGCGAAUGAACGGGGUCAAGAGAGGUGAUUAGCACCCUAAGAAGGAGGCAUACCGAUGUAUCUCGACGACAGAGGAGCCUGUGAGGGUUGAAACAAACCUGCGGAUAACGAGGGAAAGGAUGUUGAGUCGCCCCUGACAUCUUCGCCGGCACCACCUCGACACACCUAUCGCUGGCGCCAGGAGACAGGAAAGGCAGAGACCGAACCAAGACCUUUCCCAAGACCCAUUCAGAGCACAAUUGCUCUGCUCAAAAGGGUACCCGAGCAGAAAUACCCAUGUCACAAUGUGCGAUCAACAACUACCCCUUCGCGGCGGUCACAUUCCCCAGCAAGCGAAAUGGCGACCUCGACAACUGUACAAUCAUCCACCUUUGAUUCGACGCAUGUCUUUGCAGAUCCCCAAAAGUAUUCAACAAUAUUCCUUAAAUUACAUUAUCUUUGUCUCCUAAGUCGAGGCAAAGUGGGCUGUAUAUAGACCUGAUCUGCCGGUCGGGAAAUAAAUGAAUCCACG